UAUGAUAAUACUAUCUUUAUUAGCUUUGUUUAGUCUUUUAAAUAUAAUAAAUGCAACUUGUGAACUUGUUAAUGGUUAAUGCCCAGUAGGAUGUAAUACAAUUUUCGGAGUAUGUGUUUCUGAGAACUGUUUUGAUUUUACAGAAAAAUUAGGUGAUAAAUAAACAAAUCCAUUUAAAGGAACAACAAGUUAUGUAGAUGGAACAGUUGAUUUAAAUAUAACUAUAACUUAUACAGACUCAAAAUUUAAUGAUGUAAUAUUAAAAGGAAUUACAAAAGGAGAAAAUGAAUAAUCAUGUUUAUCUCUGAAAUUGUAUAAAUUCCAAAAUAAUUAAUACCUUAUAAGAGAAGAAUCAAGUUAUAAAUUAAAUUACAUAAAUGAUGGUUCAAGUACAAGAUCAUUUUAAUUCACAAUUCCAAGUAAAGAUUUUGUAAAAGAAUUGUAAUUAUCAGAAGAUGGAAAUAAAUUUUAAUUUCAUGGAUAUUAUAGUUUUGAUUUCUUGAUUGGAACUAAUUUACAGAGAGUUCUAUACUUUGACUUUAUUGCAGGAAUAGAAAAAACAACAACAUAAAAUAUUGAUACUAAUUUUGGAAGUUUGUCUUAAUACUUGACAUUGAAUUGUUCAGGAGAAUGUAUUACAACAGCCACUAGUUCUCUGUAAUUCUGUUCUGAUUAAGAAUGUACUAAAACUACAGAUAAAGCUAAUCUAUAUUUGAAUGAUUAGAUAUGGUUAAAACAUACUUUAACAAAGUAAGGAACAGAAGGUUUUUACUUAACGAAUCCUGAAAUCUAUUUUACAGGAGAUAAGUUAUUUAAAAAAGCAACUAUUAAAGAAAAAAAGCUUAAUUAAAAAGGAUUUGCAUUAUAUUUGAUUAAAGUUGAGAUUGCUUGGACACCUGUUUCAAUAUCUGCAAAAGCAAUUCUCUCUUCAACACCAGGAGCACNUAUAUGUAUAUUAAUCUAACAACAAUUAUAUUAAUAAUAAUUGAAUUAAUUUAAGUGAUUUUUAUAUAUAAAUUCUAAAAUUUCUUAAUUAAAUAAUUCUCAUUUUAAAUAACUAAUAUUAAAAAAUCAUAAACCAAAUAGAAUAAUUGAUAAUUUUUAAAGGAAUAAGAAAUAGAAGAUUUUCAAUAAUAAACUU